AUGGCUGGAAACUCGUGUAGUAAGUGCUGCGCGUGCACGCGUGCAUCCCCGCUCCGCUGCCGACACUCCAGCCAGGUCGCGGUCCUCUUUGAUCUCCCUACCGUCCGACUCACCGGCGCCGCCGCAUGGUUCGCCUCGCAUAGGCCCUGCGCGGUGAUGGAUCCCUUCACAAUAUUCUCUAGCGAUCCGGCAGCACGGCGUACUCUGUCUAGUGUCUGUACUGCGAGAGCGAGUGCGAGUGCGCCGAGUGCGGGCCGGGCCGCCGGGCGCCGGGCGCCGGGCGGGAGUGCGCUGCCAGCACUCUCUGGCAGAGAAGGAAUAAAACAAUUGACUCACGCGCUGUCUUUCGGAGGUGCAGACCAACUAACUGAACCCACGGACCUGGCUCAGCUCCGACCAAUACAAUGGGCCCGACCUGUGGCUGGGACGUCAUCGAGUGGCCAAGAACUACCCCUGCUAUCUACAACUUCUCACACAUCUCUUCAUUACACCGGUCCUUCUUGUUCCUCCACUCCCUAUGCUAGUUACUCUGUUCAACAUACGCGGACAUCUGAACAAAGUAAACCAAUGGAUCAGUCGCCUAAGAAAAGAAGAUUUUUUUUUAUUUUUGAUGCUCCACACUUGUUCAAGUCGAUAAGAAAUGCUCUUCUGAAAACAAACAUCCAACAUGGUGAUGGAGUUUGGGCCAAAUGGGACCACUUUGUGACCUUGUACAACUUAGACAGCAAAUCAGAUAAAGCCAGAUCAUUAUGCAAAAUUACUGAAAAACAUGUCGCGCCAAACGCUUUUGACAGAAUGAAAGUGAAAUUGGCGACACAGGUAUUCAGCCAUUCUGUCACUGCCGCCAUGCAAACCGCUGUGGGCACUGGCCAGCUACCAGCUGAUGCAGUAAACACGGCAACCUUCAUCGGGAGACUUAACGACAUUUUUGAUUGCUUGAAUAGCAAAGUUCAGUUUGACGCUAAUCCACUGAAAUGUGCAAUCUCUUCUACCGACGCUGGCCUUCGUGUAGGAGAAACAUUGAAAAAUGCAUUACCGUGGAUACAGACCUGGCGGUGCGAUAAAAAAACAAGCAGAUCACUCAGCCGACCUCCUUGUUUUUCAGGGUUGUACCAAACAGUGUCGUCAGUCCUUCAACUUUGGAAUGACAUCAAGGAAGAGGACACCAAGUAUCUCCUGACGAAUCGUUUGACACAAGACGCCUUGGAGAAUGAGUUUGGAAUUGCAAGGCAAAGGUGUGGUUAUGAAAAAAACCCAUCUGCCAUGCAGUUCCGUCAAAAUCUGCGUCACAGAAUCCAAGUGACACUAAUGAAACCACCGGAGUCUGCUAAUUGUGAAAUAGACGAUGACGUCAUCCUCACUGCGUCCGAUCUGGAUAAAAUCAGCGACACCGAAGAUGAAGAAGGAGAUGGUGAUGGUGAUGGCGAAGACCAAGUGAGAAACGUCGAUGUGUCUAUGUCAACUACAGAAGGAAGUGGACUUGAAGACAUGGAAGUUGACGACCCAGACGACAUAGUCCAAUCUGACGACUCGGAUAUUGACCUUGACGCCGAACAUAUACAGCCACCUCAAAUUGCCCCAGAUCAACAACCAACGCUGGAAAGCUGUUCUGUUCAGUAUGUUGCUGGAUAUUUAGCGAAGAUUUGCUUGAAGAAAUUCUCAUGUGAAGAAUGCAGCCGAGAGCUUACAACAGGUGCCCAGCUCAGUGACGAAAAUGAGCUGCUGAUUCUUCACAGGAGUUAUUCCACAAAAGAUGGAACAAGCCAUCUGACUGCUCCAUCCAAGGAAAUGGCAUCCAGGCAGUUGUUGCCCGUUCAUGUUCAUUGCAUUCGCUUUGUAGAGACAGCUCGACCGGUGAGGGAGAGGCCGGUUGCUGUGGGAAGUGACGGUGAGUAG